GCACGAAGGCGUUGGUUGUUCAUCUACCAAGAAAAUUCAUCGUCAUUUUGCAUGAGAAAAAAAACGUCGAAUUUUUAAUUGUAAUAACUUUUAUACGAAACGAGCAACGGUAGACGCAUAAGAAUCAACAUAUUUGUGCCAUUUUGUAAGCAUUAAAAAUAAAGUGUCUCAUUCGAACCGAGUGUUGCAAAAAAGAAAUAUAUAUAUUAACCUCCAAUGACGACGAUUCGCAAGAAAUUGGUAAUUGUCGGCGAUGGUGCCUGCGGUAAAACUUGCCUUCUGAUCGUCUUUAGCAAAGACCAAUUUCCCGAGGUCUAUGUGCCGACUGUCUUUGAGAAUUAUGUCGCCGAUAUUGAAGUCGACGGCAAGCAGGUGGAGUUGGCCUUAUGGGAUACAGCUGGUCAGGAAGAUUAUGACAGACUGCGACCGCUGAGUUAUCCAGACACUGAUGUUAUACUUAUGUGUUUCUCAGUGGAUUCACCCGAUUCGCUAGAAAAUAUUCCCGAAAAAUGGACGCCAGAGGUCAAACAUUUUUGUCCCAAUGUUCCCAUCAUUUUGGUAGGCAAUAAGAAAGAUUUGCGAAAUGAUCCCAACACAAUUCGGGAUUUAGCAAAGAUGAAGCAAGAGCCGGUUAAGCCGCAGGAGGGACGCGCUAUGGCUGAGAAAAUUAAUGCCUUUGCCUAUUUGGAAUGUUCGGCCAAGUCCAAGGAGGGUGUGCGAGAGGUAUUCGAGACAGCAACCAGGGCUGCACUGCAAGUUAAAAAACGGAAGAAGCCCAAAUGCCUUUUGCUCUAAAAGAGCAAAUAUCAAAUUCUAUACAAACACAAGGAAACACACAUACACACACCCACACACAAACACAAGCACACACCUUUUUACAAGAAUAACAACUAUUGGAAUCAGAUAGCAUGGGGAAUCCGGCAACAGCAACGCAACGCAAAUACAGCAACAACAACAACAUCAACAAACAGCAAAUAUUGCUUUAGCAACAUACAACACACGCAACAACAUCAACAGCAAGAUGAAAGUGAAGAUGAAACGGGCAAAAUGUCAAAUGCGGAUUUGAUUUUAUAUACAGUCUAGAGUAGUUAUUAACAGAAGUAAACAACAAUAAUAAAUAUCGCAUUAUUAUUAUUAUUAUUUGUAA